AUGUCUGCUGAUUUUUGGAGCUCUUCACAGAGAACGCGAUGGCAAUUGACCCGACUGAACUUGCUUGAGAGCAGAAGAAAGUUGAUGAUACUAGAGAAGAAGAUGAUUCAAAAUGGGUUUAUCAAGGAUUAUCCUAAUAUCAACUACGACUAUAACAUGAGGAUCUAUUUGCAUACGUUGUUGGUGAAGUUGGGAAGAAGAUUGAACAUCAGACAAGUGGCGUUGGCUAGCGCCGAAGUAUACUUGACCCGAUUUCUAACUCGAGUAUUAUUGAAGGAGAUAAAUGUUUAUUUAUUGGUAACUACGUGUAUUUACGUGGCGUGCAAGAUAGAGGAGUGUCCUCAGCAUAUUCGAUUGAUUAUAUCUGAAGCCAGAAAUCUCUGGCCAGAGUAUAUACCUCAUGAUAUAACUAAAUUAGCUGAAUUUGAAUUUUAUUUAAUUGAAGAAAUGGAGAGUUUUUUGUUUUUACAUCAUCCUUAUAAAUCUUUGAUGCAGAUAAGGUCUUUUUUAGAAGAAAACUAUAGUGUAUAUGGGUUCCGGUUGACUAAUGAUGAACUACAAAACUGUUGGUCUUUGAUUAACGAUAGCUACAUCACUGAUUUACAUUUACUAUUUCCUCCCCAUAUCAUAGCGGUUGCGUCGAUCUAUAUCACGGUGGUCUUGAAGAAAAAUUUGACAGCGCUAAGAGGUGGCACCAGCGGUGGUGCCAGCAGCGGCGGCGGCGCCGCCACUGGCGCCAUAAACUCCAGACAAGACGCCAGUAACACCAUGCAAAUCGAUGACUUGAUGGCAUUGGCAAACUCCAGCAACAAUCACCCGCAGACCACCAACUCUACAAUCAACCAGCCCAACACCCAGUCCCAGGAUGAGUUCGAUCCCUCCCACUUCCAGGAUAUCAAACUAGACGAAGACACCAUCAAAAUCAACAAGUUCAUGAACUUUCUCAGCCAUUCCCACAUUAACCUAGAUGAAGUCGUCGAGUCAAUGCAGGACAUGAUCAAUCUCUACGUGGUUUGGAAUAGAUAUAAUGAGAACAGUGUUCGUAAAGCUCUCCAGUAUAUGCUUCUAAACCGUUAGCCCUUCAAUACCCUCUGCUUAUAUAAUCUUACAAUACAAACGGCACGUCUUCCUCCUGAUUGUCUGCUCCUUGACAAGACCUUCAAUUCCUUGAUGAAAUCAACCGAUUUUCCUCCUCCAACGGUGAAAAUUGCACCAGUUUGAAUUUUUGUUUGGCUUUUUUUUUGUUUUGUUAGUUCCUGUGUCUUUGUUUUGUGAAUUGUUUCUCUCAAAAAG